UUUAAGUUGCUUUUCUAAUUGCCUGCCACUUUGUCAACUGGCAUCUCCUUCAAGUUGCCAGCCAUUUUUGAUGAUUUAGCUUUGCCAACCUUCUACAAAGACCGGGGGAUCUUUUGUUUCUGGGCUUCCUUGAGCUCAUUGGACCUUUGUGUUUUACAUUCCCUCUAACUGUUUACACUUGUGUUGUCUUGUUUUUUUGGAAUAAGUUUACGUUUUGUUAACCAUUUUUACAUCGUUACAAUGGCUCGCAUGAACAGACCAGCCCCUGUUGAGAUAACCUACAAAAACAUGAGGUUCCUCAUUACCCACAAUCCCACCAACGCCACCCUGAACAAGUUCAUUGAGGAGCUGAAAAAGUAUGGUGUCACCACCGUGGUGAGAGUUUGCGAGGCCACUUAUGAUUCCACCCUGGUGGUAAAAGAGGGGAUUCAGGUUCUGGAUUGGCCGUUUGAUGAUGGCGCUCCUCCCUCCAACCAGAUCGUGGAUGAUUGGCUGAACCUGCUGAAGCUGAAGUUCAGAGAGGAGCCUGGCUGCUGCAUUGCUGUCCACUGUGUGGCAGGGCUUGGGAGAGCUCCUGUCCUGGUGGCGCUCGCACUGAUAGAAUGUGGGAUGAAAUAUGAAGAUGCUGUCCAGUUCAUUCGACAGAAGCGUCGAGGAGCGUUCAACAGCAAGCAGCUGUUCUACCUGGAGAAAUAUCGUCCAAAGAUGCGCCUGCGCCAUCGCAAUAACUGCUGCAUCCAGUAGAGCCAAACCCCAUUCCCUCCUGCCAUGCCGGCCCAAAACCUCCCGAAAACUCAUUACUGAAAAACUCAUUUCAUCCUCACUACCUUGCUUUCUUGGCAGGUUGGAUUGUUUUUUCUUUUUUUUUCUUCUUCUUCUUUGUCUUUUGCCAUUGUGUUGAAGUAUUUUACUUUGAAAAACCAUGUGCUGUAAUUCAACUUCCCCUCUCAAGGCUUAAAUAAAUUACAAGUGUCUGAGGGAUAACAAGUUGUGUGAACCACAUUGCCCAAUAAAAGAGUGAAACUAUAAAAACAUGAAGGGCAGUGCUGCGUUGUAUCUUUGUGAAAUGUUGGAUUUAUAGUUGUUGCAAGUGUCCCAAAGAUUUUAAUUGGCCACUAUGUUAAAGUACUGCAGAAAAAAGUAAUGUGACGAGUUAAAAUCCACUCCUCUUCCUGUUUGUUUUGUUUGUUUUAAUUCAGUUUCAAAAGAGUAGAAAGAGAUAUGCCUUCCUUCAGAUCACAUGGAUCAUUCAUAAAUGCCUUACAAAGUGAAACCAAGGCAGUCGUGCCACUGGCGUCUGGGAAAGAAAGGUGUUUCAUUUUUCUACUUGGAAUAAUAAAAAAAAAAAA